AUGGGCGAUGUCCGAAUCCUGUCUCGGCACAUGGUACGGCCGGAGCCAACGUCCUCGCGGCCGCUGGAGCCGGAGACCAUCCACCUGACGCCAUCGGAUCUCAAGUAUAUCACCGUGGAGCACAUCCAGAAGGGCAUCCUCCUGCCAAAGCCUCCCACCACCGGAGGACACGUCGACGUCGAGCGUCUCGCUUCUUCCUUUGCGCGCGCCCUUGGCCGCUUCUACCCUUAUGCGGGACGCCUCGCCGUCGCCGUCGCGCCUCACAGUGAGAGCCUCACCAUUUCGCUCCGCUGCAGCGGCAAGGGCGCGGAAUUCGUCCACGCGGUGGCACCGGGUGUCACGGUCGCGGACUUCACCGCCUCGCUCGUCGUUCCGCGGGUGAUCUGGUCCUUCUUCCCGCUCAACAGGCUGCUCGGUGCGGAUGCCGCUGCCGGCUCGCGCCCUGUCCUGGCGGCGCAAGUUACCGAGCUUGCCGACGGCAUCUUCAUCGCCGUGUCGAUGAACCACAGUGUCGCCGCCGGGACGACAUUCUGGCAGUUCUUUAACACCUGGUUCGAGCUAAGCCGUGCCAACACCGGCGCUGGCGACAAUGGCAUGAUCUCUACGCCGUUGCCGGUGUUUGACAGGUGUUUCGUCGGCAGCUGCUGCACUGUCCCCAUCCCUCUGCCCUUCAGCAAGCCGGAGCACAUGGUCGGCCAGCGUGUACACGUGUUCCCGCCGGUGCAGGAACGCUUCCUCCAUUUGUCCGCAGCGAGUGUGAAGGAGCUCAAGGCGAAGGCGAACCCCGAGAUGACUGGUUUAACACCGGGCACCACAACCACCAUCUCGUCGCUGCAGGCCCUACUCGCGCACCUGUGGCGCGCUGUGUGCCCAGCCUGGCGGCUCUGGCCGGACCAGGAGACAGCGUACAUUGUGCUAGUGGGAUUCCGUGGACGCGUUGGUGGCAUACCGGCAUCUUAUGCGGGCAAUGCUGUGGGGAACACCACUGCCAAGUCCACCGCCGGCGACAUCGUGGGCAAGGGCCUGGGCUGGGCGGCAUGGCUCCUGAACCGGGCCGUGGCGUCGUGCGACGAUGGCAGCACUAGGGACAAGCUCACGUCCUGGCCCCAGGAGCCUAGCUUCAAUUGCCUGCCCGCAUGGUCCGCGCCCACAAACCUGGCCUUCAGGCUCGCCCACACUUCCGCCGCCGUCUUCUUCGACGCCACCUGUAGCAGCAGGUCCUCGGCGAGUGCGCUCAACAGCUCGCCGAGGUUCGACGUGUACCGAAACGACUUCAGGUGGAGCGCGCCGGUGGCUGUCCGGAGCGGCUCGGGGAACAAGGUAGAUGGGAAGGCGACUGUGUAUGCAGGCAGAGGCGGGGGAGGCAGCAUGACGCUGGAGGUGUGCCUCGCUCCAGAGGCGCUCGCUAGGCUCGUCGCCGAUGAGGAGUUCAUGAGCCACUGUGUCGGACGUCGUCGGCCAGCGUAUACAUGUAUUCCCGCCAGCAAGCCUUUCUUCAAUUGCCGGCCCGCAUUCGUGACCGCCGUUCCCACGGGGACGUUCAAAAAGAGCUCGCCGCGGUUCGAUGUGUACGAAAACGACUUCGGGUGGGGCGCGCUGGUGGCUGUCCGGAGCGGCUCGGAGAACAAGGUGGAUGGGAAGACGACGGCGUACGAGUGCCGACGCGGCAGAGGCAGCAUGGCGCUGGAGGCGUGCCUUGCUCCGGAGGCUCUCGCUAGGCUCAUCCUCGACGGGGAGUUCAUGGGGGCAACCAAUACUGCUGAUGCUGAAUAA